UUCAUGCUACUUUAGCUUGAUGAUUUUUUCAUGCAAAUCAGAAUUCCAGUAGUAAUUUAAUUAAAUUACUUUUUGCGGAUAAUUUUCAAACUAUCCAUAAACAAAUAUAUUUAGUUUAGUGUUUAAAGCAUGCGCAAACGGCAGAUCGAUACUUUGAAAAUAUUCAAUUUGAAUGUUCAACAAGUGAAGGAAAAUGAAGAAUAUCUAAUCAAUUUCGAGUCCGGUGGACGAGAGCUGGUCAUCAACAUAAUCCUGGGAGCGGACUUUCCAAACGUGAAACCGAAGCUGAUAGUGAGCCCCAUUCUGAAUCACCCUUGGGUAAACGCCAGCACGGGUGAAAUCGAAAAUGCUCCCGGAAUUCUGAAUUACACCAUACAUUCCGACCUGGGGCGAGUCGUUCAAGCAAUCAGUCGGGAAUUUGAAAGGCAUCCUCCCCAGCUGUUGAAUGAGACUUCCGGAACCCCACAGCAUUGCCGUAAUGGCAACAGUCAGGAGCCCAAGGCACCGGAUCGUCGAAUUGUGGCCUCUCCGGUAGCAGUAGAGCAAGACGUCUUUGGAUUACAGGCGCUCAGUUUAGAAGACCUAAACCGAUUGAAGGUCGAUGAGGAUUACCUGGAAAAUUUCAUCGAGAAGAUAGGUUUUGUCCAGAAUCAAAGUAAUGAAAUGAACAAUUUGCUGGACCAAAUUGAGCAAACUGCAACGGAAAACCUUGCCAAGAAACAGCACAUCGAAGGACAGAAGGCCAAACUGGACGAAAUAUACGAGGAAUUCAAAGAGCUCGGCGAAAGAUACGAAGCUCUGAAUCAAAAGUAUCAGAAGAAAUCGGAAGAUUUCUCCCCACAGCACAUCAAAGAGCUUCUGCAGAUUGCCGUAUCUGCGGCGGACACUCGAAGCGACGAGGAGGCACACAAAUUUCUUGCCGGCGACAGUGAUGUGGGAACGUUCCUUGGUAAUUUUAUUGAAUCCCGAAAGAGCUACACAAUGCGAAAGGCCAAAGAGGACCGAUUGGUGCAACAGUUAACCGCACUGGAGCGGGCUGCAUUUUGAUGGGGGCUUCGUUUUACCUACCUUCGAAAGGAUAUGGUCGAUGUGAUACUCUUAUAUGCUCGUAUAUAAAUCAAUUUUUUUUUUUUUUUGUAAAAAAUAAAGGACUUAAUUCAUGAAAA